GAGAAGAUCAUGCUUUGUCAUAAAGGACCACAGAGACACAAGCCAGCCAGCAUCCUUCCUCACUCUGCCUCCCGACUGGCACGUCCGAUAAUUAGCGCAGACAGCGUGCAGGCAGCAUGUGUUGUCGUCAUCUAGGCUACUACACUUUGAUUUAGGAAUAACUUGAUAGCUGGAUGUCAUUCAUUGAGUUCCCGGGCAUGUAGGCCUACCGUAAUAUGACCGUCGCGCCAAAGCGGUACCCCGGAGCAGGCAGAAACACAUUUCAAGUGUCAAGUAAGAUUCGAACUGUCCCUGUUCUGCUACAGAUGCGCCGUCACUCUUUUCGGAACCCUGCGCCUUUUGAGUUUAUGAAAUACAUGUUUUGUAAUCAUCAUAGCUUGUAUAUUUUCGUUUCUUUGUCCAACGCGUUUUUCUCAUAGCCCAGACUAGUGCGUGUCUGUCGCAUCUGUUCCUAAAUACCAUCAUAAUGGAUAUGUUUCAUUCAUCCAUGCGGAAAAGGCUGUACAGCUUGCCGCAAAACAUUGGUCAAAAAGGCUCUGUGUCUGUGAUGGUUGACGACGGAGGAGAAUACGGUGGUGGCGACAAGGACACCAAGAAGAAAAGUACCGGUAUCAGGCUGAAGUCUCUCCCUCCUCCUGGAUCUUCAUCCCCCACCAGCAGUUGGAAGAGCAACGGGGACCGGGACCCCAAGAGCGGAGCCGCCGGAGACUUGGAAACUGACGUUGUCAUCAAGACCAACUUGAAUGGGGACUGUCGUCUGGUCAGAGGUCGCCUUUCCUCCAUCACUGGCCGACACACUCUUGGGUCAGAUCCAGCUGAGCAGCGGAGGCUGAUCUCCGAGGCAGACACCGGUGCUAACGAAGAGAGUUACCCCGGAGGGGGCGAGCUGGGAGAGCAGGGUUCCGGCGGUCGCAGUGCUAGUGCACAUCGCCGAUCGUCCGUCUUCGAUCAGUCCACUUUCAUCAAGUUAGAAGGAACCGAACCGAUCAUGUCAGACGAAGCAGAGCAGUUGUACCGGGCGGGCUUCAUGCACCGGCAGUUCGGGGCGAUGCUUCAACCAGGAGUCAACAAGUUCUCUCUGAGAAUGUUGGGGAGCGAGAGGGCCGUGGAGCACGAGAGGGAACGCGUCAAGUCUGCAGGAUUUUGGAUCAUUCACCCAUACAGUGAUUUUAGGUUCUACUGGGAUCUGAUAAUGCUGUUCCUCAUGGUGGGGAACCUCAUCAUCAUCCCUGUGGGCAUCACCUUCUUCAAGGACGAGCACACGCCCCCCUGGAUCGUCUUCAACGUCAUCUCAGACACCUUGUUCCUCAUCGACCUCGUCCUCAACUUCCGGACGGGCAUCGUCAAGGAGGACAACACCGAGAUCAUCCUGGACCCACAGACCAUCAAGAUCAAGUAUCUGAAGAGCUGGUUCAUGGUGGACUUCAUCUCGUCCAUACCAGUAGAUUACAUCUUCCUCAUCGUGGAGACCAGGAUCGACUCAGACUUCUACAAGACGGCCCGGGCGCUGAGGAUCGUGCGGUUUACGAAGAUCUUGAGUUUGUUGAGGCUCCUGAGGCUGUCCAGACUCAUUAGAUAUAUACACCAGUGGGAGGAGGUUUUCCAUAUGACCUAUGACCUGGCCAGUGCCAUGGUGAGGAUCGUGAACCUGAUAGCUAUGAUGCUGCUGUUGUGUCACUGGGAUGGAUGUCUGCAAUUCCUGGUUCCCAUGCUGCAAGAGUUCCCCUCUGACUGCUGGGUCACCAGAAACAAGAUGGUGAAUGACACGUGGGGCCAGCAGUAUUCCUAUGCCCUGUUUAAGGCUAUGAGUCACAUGCUGUGUAUCGGGUACGGGAUGUACCCUCCUGUGGGCCUGGUAGACGUUUGGCUCACCAUCCUCAGUAUGAUCGUGGGAGCCACCUGCUAUGCCAUGUUCGUAGGCCAUGCUACCGCUCUGAUCCAGUCACUGGACUCGUCCCGACGGCAGUACCAGGAGAAGUAUAAACAGGUGGAGCAGUACAUGUCUUUCCACAAGCUUCCUGCCGGCAUGCGACAGCGGGUCCAUGACUACUAUGAACAUCGCUUCCAGGGCAAGAUGUUUGACGAGGAGAGCAUUCUGGGGGAGCUGAACGAACCGCUCAGAGAGGAGAUCGUCAACUUCAACUGUCGUAAGCUGGUGGCUUCGAUGCCUCUGUUCGCCAACGCCGACCCCAACUUUGUGACGUCGAUGCUGACCAAGCUGCGUUUUGAGGUGUUCCAGCCCAUGGAUAGCGUUGUUAUGGAAGGGACCGUUGGCAGAAAGAUGUACUUCAUCCAACACGGGGUGGUGUGCGUCAUCGCCAAGGGCAACAAAGAGACCAAGCUGUCUGACGGGUCCUACUUUGGAGAGAUCUGCCUGCUGACUCGAGGCAGAAGAACGGCCAGCGUUCGCGCUGAGACAUACUGCCGGCUGUACUCUCUGUCUGUGGACAACUUUAACGAGGUCCUGGAGGAGUACCCCAUGAUGAGACGGGCCUUCGAGACCGUGGCUCUGGACCGGCUGGACCGCAUAGGAAAGAGGAACUCUGUGCUCCAACACAAAGUCACCCAGAACUCAGGAGCUGUGAACCUCCUGGAGAACGCGAUCAUCCAGAGGAUUGUACAACAAGACCGGGACAUGGCCAUCCAGAGCAACAUCUCUCCCCUGUCCCUGGAUCCCAACGCCCUAUCUCCCACCUCCACCCCGGGGGUCAUCUGGGCUCCCUUGGUCCAGGGCCCCCUCCAGACCGCUGCAGCCACCACCUCCCUGGCUCUGGCCUUCUCCCACUCCCAUCUCCACGCCCAGCUCCCUCCGAUCCUCUUUCACCGUCCGCUCUCUGUCUCCGAGUCAUUCAAGGAUCCUAGAGGCCAGCGUCUGCAGAGGGGCAUGUUUGUGGGCGUGUCCAGUGGCUGUGGCUCCGAGGCUGCGUCUCCGGACAGUUCUGUGAUGUUCUGUUCUGGAGUGGACACUCCGAUAUUAGCCUCGCUCCGGGCGCAGCAUUUAGUCUCCACAGCCUCCUCCAUGUAUCCUCUGUCACCUCUGACCUCCAUGUACCAGCCCACCUCCUCCAUCACCUCCACUGACUCCCAGGCUCAGCCCAGCAGAGCCUCUCCCUUCCCCAUGGGCCAGGCCUCCAUCCGGGAGUAUCCACCCUCCUCCUCCACCUCCACCUGCAUGGCCCAGCUCCAGCACCACCACCCCUACGGCCCACCAGGGACCCACCAGCAGGAGGCAUCAGGGAGGCCCACCAUGGGCACGCCGAGAUACCCAGCCCACUCAGCCCCCUCUGGUUCCACUCUAAGCCCUCUCAUCUGUAGCCCUGUCAGCCCCAUCCUGAGCCAGCUACAGAACUCUCACACUACCAGCGCUCAGCAGCAGCACGUCAAGAUUGGACCUGGUCAUCAGGAGAGAGCAGGUCACCUCCUCCUCCCCCACUGUCCCUACACGACCACAAGCCCUAGCAACCCCACCCAGCACCACAGCUCCAGUGGGUUUCCAUCUAUAUCUAUCCCAGAACAGGCCAGCGUUGGAGGUGUUGGAGGUGUUGGAGGCGUUGUAGGUGUUGGAGGCGUUGGAGGUGUUGGAGUCCCAUCCUCCCUGGUGCAUCACAGUCUGGCAGGCCUCCACCCCGGCCUCCACCCCAGUCUCCUCCCACAGGUUCUCCCAGAGCACUCUGCUCAUUCUUCCCACUUUGCCCUGGCCUCGCUGGCCCAGUACGGGUCAGGGGAUGGCUCCCCGGCCUGUACCCCACCGGUAACACACAGCCCCACCAUCCAGAGCCCGCUGACAGGCAGGACGGUGCUUCAGCUCCACAGCCAGCUCCACAGCCAGCUCCACAGCCAACCCUCCAGCGCCAAUGGCUCUCACAGCUCCCUCACCCCACAGACAUCAUGCCCUCCCCAGGUAGAUGGGAGAGGGCUGAGGGCAGAGUGCAGAGGGCAGAGAGCAGAGUCCCUGGUGGAUCUCUUCAUGCAGGAUGUCAGGACUAUCCCCACUGUUUCCACCUCGGGCUCACACAGCUAUCUACCCCAGGAAGGGGCUCUCUCCAUACCGCCUCUCUCCAUAUCUUCAGGGGGGCUUGGUUCCUCUCUUCCCAUGGUGGGUGGCAGCAGUAAUAAAUGGUACAGCCCCACCCCAGGGCACGCCACUCCUCUGAGUCACUACACUCCCAUGGGAUCUGAACCUCCAACUGCCGUGAGCCAAAAAGCACCGAACUCUUCGCAUCCCAACCAAAGUCGUCCUGUUACCGGGGCAGAGGACACAGUCUCCAAUCUCCCUUCCAACUUGUGAGGUUUAAAAACACCCUCCUGCGAUGCUUGAACUAUGGGGAAAUUGUCUUUGCUAUUGGCAUUGUGUUUUUUUAAAUUGCUAGUGUAGGUUUUAUAUUAUUCAAGGAGGGUGUGAGGGAGUACGUAUCUAUAUUGCAGGAAAUAGACUUAGGAGAAAGAUGUAUUUUUUUAUGCAGAGUGAAUGAACAGAGUGAGUUCCCAGCGGACGAAAACUAGUUCUGGUUGUAAACAAUUGGUAAUGAUGUCCUUUCAGCCAUCUUUGCCCACUGGGUUAAGUAUUUUUCUACAGUACAAUGCUACUACUACUGUACUAUGUUGAAUGUGGAGGUACUGUACCAAUAUGGAUGGCUGGAUAAUAUUAAACCACAAGAAAGUAUAUUGACCAAUUUCCGAUAACAUAAAAUAUAUAUUCUAGCCUAUAUCCUCACGUUGUAAUUUUGUGUAAAAGUAUUUGUUAAACAUGCAUAUUUAUCUAACCUUUGACCCUUAUAGAGAUUAUAACAACAUAAAAUAUUGACCUUUUUUAAUUAAUAUGAUAUUUUCUCAGUGUAUUGUGGUUCCCUUUUUCACUUCCUGUUGUGGAAGUGUGGAGAACGUGAGGCCACCCAAAGUAAAGGACUAUGACUGAACUGCACUUUGGUCAAUUUCAGAGAUUAACUGAAAACAAAAUGUAGAUGGUAUGUCUAUCAAUAUCUUGUUUCAGCCACAUUGGAUGGAUCCGUGUGUAUGUGUUCUAAGAAUAUAUGUCUACAUUCUGUAUACAUUUUUAACUAGAUAUCUAAACAUAAUAAUAGCUCAUCAAAAGACAUGAAUACAUGUUUUUGACAAGUGACUGUGGAUUUUGAAGUAAACCGUUUGGAAAUGAAUCAUUGGGUUUUGGAUGAAAGUAAGCAUUGUGAGAAUACAGUAAUCCUUGUCAGAAUACAGUAAGCCUAGUGAGAAUACAGUAAUCCUUGUCAGAAUACAGUAAGCCUAGUGAGAAUACAGUAAUACUUGUCAGAAUACUGUAAGCCUAGUGAGAAUACAGUAAUCCUUGUCAGAAUACUGUAAGCCUAGUGAGAAUACAGUACUACUUGUGAGAAUACAGUGAGGAAAAAAGUUGCAUUUACGAUAAAGAUACAGAGAUUUUACAGAGGUACAUGUGAGGUCUGUGUGUGGACUGGUUGGCGUGACUCGACACAGUAAUCUUUGUGUUUGUGUGGCUAUACAGACAGUACAGUCAGAGGUACAUGUGAAUUGAAUUACGGCUCUUUGUCCAUAACAACAGUGGACAGAUGGGCAACAGAGAUGGGUUCGCUUGACUUAAACACGAGAUAAACAGGAGAUAGAGGUGUGUUCAUCAGGCACCAAACAGAAGAGAACAGACUGAAACGGGGAGGGACUAUCUGGACUUGUCCAAUAAGAAAGACUCAUUUUUGUUUUCUGUUGCAAAAAUGUUUUUUUUUUUUUUUUUUUAAAUGUUCCAUUGUGUGGCCUAAUGAACAAGACUCAGGUUUGGAUACACAAGGGGCUCUAUUGAGUCUGUUUCCCUGGUAGAAAUGUAAUGUUCAUUUUCCGAUUUCGCAGAUAUAUGCAGUGUUUACCUUGAAUGCGGUCUCAGCUAACACGGGAACAUGGCCUCUAAAAUUCAAUCACAGCUGUAACGCUGAAUUUAAAAUGAAAAAAUAACGGAUUGAAUUAGAGCCCAAAGGUCUGUGAAUGGUGUCACCACUGAACAGUUUAAUGUCUGAGAGACAACGAUGAUGUUUAUAUUGCACCAAAUCAAAAGGGUCAGAAGUUGUUACUUUGAGAACAAAGAUAAUAAACUCCUGGGUGUCAUUUUUCUGUAUAUUUUCCUUUUGUUUUUUGUUGUUUUAUGAUUUAAGAUUAUCUAGUCAUUAUUAUUAUCUUAUACGAAAAUGUACUAUCCCCUUGUCCAGUUAUAGAAAUGAUUGUUCUGGUCGCCGUGACGACGUUCUCUAAAUCACGUUGUCCACAGACAUAGGAAUGAGACAUCUGUUGAAUUGAUCAUGAUUGAGCAAUGACUAACUCUUAUUUUGAAAAGGUUACUUUUAUUCUGAAAGGGUCAACAAACCAAAGGCCUCUACAUUUCACCCAGUAUCUCCAUAUCUAUAUAUCCUGCUAUUUGUGUAUAUAAUAACAUGUGUUUAUGUUUGACUAUUUUAUUUAUCUGACCUUUGACCCUGUUAUCUGAUCUCUGACUUGGGCGAAUAUUAAACUGAUCGCAAGGUCAUGCCCUUGAGAAUCCAAUCGCCUCAGUUGCCUGGUUACUGGGGGUCCCUGGGAGCCUGAGCUGGCAGGUGAGGGCAGGUGUACACACACAGUCCUGUAGUGACUCUCUGUCUGACCCUAUAGGCAGGAUAUAAAUCACAUCAGUCACUACUCAGCCACUCCUCAGUCACUGGGCCUGCUACUGGUGGUGGAUCAACCCCCCAUUACUAUUCCUCUCAUUCCUCUCCUCCAUCCUACCCCUCUCCACUCCUCUCCUCCGUCCUACCCCUCUCUACUCCUCUCCUCCAUCCUACCCCUC